AUGGAAGUGUUAAAACUGGAAAUAAACGAAGAAAAAUUGGUUAAUAAAGUAUACGAGGAAUUUGAAAAAACCAAAGAGGACGUACACGAAUAUAUAAAACUAAUUCAAGAAUGGUGCAAAUUGCAAGCCUAUUCGUCAGAAAUUCCUUCAAUUAAUGGCACUAGAUUUUUCAUUGUGUCGUGGAAAUUCAGCAUAAAAAAAGCCAAAGAAAAAUUGGACAUGUAUUACACUAAAGUUUAUGCCAACAGAAAUGCCGCAAUCUAUUUAAUUAAUAUGCAUUCUCUUACUGGAAAUAUCCUCAAUAAUAUUUGUAAACCAUUACUUCCCAAGAAAAUAAGUGAGAGGAUGAUAGCCUUGUCAAAUGCCGAUGAUCUUCAAAACCUCAUAAGCAAAUUCAUUUUGCCCAAAGAUAUUGGAGGUGGAGAGUAUUCUUUGGCAGAACUUCAAGUUAUGAUGACUAAAAAAUUUGAAGAAUUAAAGCCAAGGUUUGAUAAAAUUCAAUUUAUGACCGUUGAUGAAUCGAAGAGGCUAGAAAAACUAAUAAACGACGAUAUAUUGGGAUUUUACGGUAGCUUCCGUCAAUUAAAUUUAGAUUAA